CCGACCUGAGGUUGGGAAAUUUUGGCGGGGACGAAGCAGCAUAAUUUUGGGUUUCUUGAUUCUCUCCCACCUUACAGAUUCAACAUAGGGACUCGAGGAAGCAUGGCCUUCUGUAACGGCAAGGCAGCCGCCGGGGAUGCCUUGAGCCAGGUGGAAGACAUGGAGAAAGUCGUUGUCUUAGACGCUGGUGCCCAGUAUGGGAAGGUGAUUGACAGGAAGGUCCGUGAGCUCUGUGUGGACUCGGAGAUCCUCCCGCUGGAUACCUCGCCGGACAAGAUCAAGGAGGCAGGAUACAGAGGUAUCAUCAUCUCAGGAGGCCCCAUGUGUGUGAAUGAUGAAGAUGCUCCCAACUAUGAUCCUGGUAUCUUCACCAUGGGGCUGCCUGUCCUGGGCAUCUGCUAUGGCAUGCAGAUGCUGAACUCCACGUUUGGCGGCAGUGUCCAGGGAAACACAGGUCGGGAGGACGGACAGUUUACCAUCAACGUGGAGACAUCGGCUCUGCCCUUCAAGGGAUUAAAGAAGGAACAGAAAGUUCUCCUGACCCACGGGGACAGCAUUGACAAGGUCGCAGAUGGCUUCAAGGUCAUCGCAAAGUCUGGGAAUAUUGUUGCAGCUAUUGCUGAUGAGAAAAGGAGACUAUAUGGAGUACAGUUUCAUCCAGAGGUGGACCUCACAGAAAAUGGCAAACAAAUGCUGAAGAACUUCCUGUUCCACGCCUGUGGCUGCCAUGGCACCUACACCAUGACGUGUCGUGAGACCAGCUGUAUCCAGGAGAUCCAGGAGGUGGUGGGGAAACACAAGGUGCUGGUACUGGUCAGUGGGGGGGUGGACUCUGCAGUGUGUGCCGCCCUGUUACAUAAGGCCCUGGAUAAAGACCAGGUGAUUGCAGUCCACAUAGAUAACGGUUUCAUGAGGAAGAACGAGAGUCAGAUGGUCUACGACUCGCUGACCAGACUGGGACUGGACCUCAAAAUGGUAAAUGCAGCGCACCAGUUCUACAAUGGUAAAACCUACGUCCCAAUCAACAAGGCUGAUCCUAAAGGGAAGAAGCGGGAGACAGAACAGCUCAACAGAACAACAAAUCCUGAGGACAAGAGGAGAAUAAUCGGGGACACAUUCAUGAAGGUAGCAGAUGAAGUCAUCUCUGAGAUGAACUUGAACCCAGAAGAGGUAUUCCUUGCACAAGGUACCCUGAGGCCUGACCUGAUUGAGAGUGCCUCCACCUUAGCUAGUAAGAACGCAGACGCCAUCAAAACACAUCACAAUGAUACCAACUUGGUACGGGAACUUAGGGAAAAGGGUCGUGUAGUCGAGCCGUUGAAGGACUUCCACAAGGAUGAAGUGCGGGCGAUCGGGCGGGACCUGGGUCUGCCUCCUGACCUGGUGCAGAGACAUCCCUUCCCAGGCCCAGGCCUUGCUAUCCGUGUGAUCUGUGCAGAUGAACCGUACCACUGUGAUGACUACAACGAGACUCACACCAUCCUCAGACUCAUCGUCAAGUUUGCCGACACGCUAGAAAAGGUAGUUAACUAUCCCCAUGCCCUGCUUCAGCGAAUCAAGAACAGUACUACAGAAGAGGAGAGAAACAUGCUGGCCUCCAUGACCAGACAACACCCCAUGAUGUCUACUCUGCUGCCUAUCAAAUCUGUUGGAGUCCAGGGUGAUGCCAGAACCUACAGUUACGUGGCUGCCAUCUCCUCCAGUGAACCUCCCCACUGGCCGACCCUCUUCAAACUGGCCAAGAUCAUCCCCAGGAUAUGUGGCUGUGUUAACAGGGUUGUGUUCCUGUUCGGUGAUCCCAUUAAGGACAUCAUACCUGACGUGACGCCGACAUUCCUGACUACCGGCGUGCUCAGUACGCUACGUCAGGCCGACUACCUCGCCAAGAAAGUGCUCCAAGAAAGUGGUCAUGCGUCGACCCUGAGUCAGAUGCCCAUCAUCCUGGUGCCGCUGCAUUUUGGCCGUGACGCGAUCCUGCGCCAGGCGUCGUGUCAACGCUCUGUCGUCAUCAGAACCUUCAUCACUAACGACUUCAUGACGGGAAUACCCGCCACACCCGGCGACCACAUACCUGUGGAGCUGGUGAGCAAGAUGGCGGAAGAGAUCGAGAAAGUUCCGGGGAUUUCCCGCGUGAUGUACGACAUGACGUCUAAACCGCCCGGCACCACCGAGUGGGAAUAGGGUCCACCUUCCCAGUUUGGAGAUUCGAAGAUUUCAGUUUCAUUAAAAUCAUUCACGUGGCUUCCAGCCUAGAUUUUCCUGGUAGAAAGCAUUACAGGGAUAAUGUACAAGUAGUGUAAGUCUACUGUAGUGUUAAGAAAAUGUACAACAAGUCAUCAUAGUUCUAUACCUAUCUAGAGUCUCUGCAUAUGUCCUUGCCUUCAUGAUGUUAUUCUGACAUCCACCUUUCUUUGAUAUGAGAUAGUUGUCACUGCUUCUGGGACUAAAGCCUAGGAAUAAAAUGUUGUGUUUCCAGUGUCCUGACCAACCCUAGAAAAAAAGCCAUGCUUUUGUUAAGGAAGGGCCAUAAAAUUUUCGUUUGACAUCUGAAAUUCAAAGCAAGUUGUUGUUGUUGUUUCAGGAAACUUGGCGAAAUAUUUUCGCUCAAUCAAAUGGAGGGAUGGGUCCAGGAGAAAGUCCUUAUGCAUUGUUUUAACAAUUUAAAAAUUGUAUUUUCUAUUAUUAGGCCACACCAAUUUAAUUUGUUGGUUCUCGGAUUCGCCUC